AUGGAAACUUUCGUCUUAGUCUGGCAAUGGGGAAAGAAUAUGUCUGGUACCUGAGUUGUCUUGGAAGUUGCUCGUUCGUAAAGCUUAAUGACCAUGUUCUUUGAGUUCCGAGACGAUGGGAAAGCUGAUCGCAGCUUCGCUAACUCUUGUUAGACAUGGUGAAACGGUUGCUAAUCGAGAAAACAUCAUUCAAGGACAGAUUGACACAUGUUUAUCGGAAACUGGUCGUCAGCAGGCGCUGAUGGUUGGCAGUCGUCUUCAGAAUGAACGGUGGACGCACGUGUUCGCUAGCGACCUCAGUCGAGCAACCCAGACAGCUCAGGUUAUUGUUGAGGCCAACAAGUACAACCACUGCUCUAUCAUCAGUGACCGGCGUCUCAGAGAAAGGAAAUAUGGUGUCAUGGAGGGCAAAACGUUUCGGGAAUUGACGGCAGCUGCCAAGAGCAAGAGUGUGACAGUGACCAACUUCACGCCAUGUGGUGCAGAGCAUAUAGAGGAGGUUCGGAAAAGAGCAAAGUCAUUUUUCCACGACCUUCUUGAUCUGUUGAAGAACAAUGCCGUGGAGGAGGUGGACUACACUCCGGCCUCCAUCAAAACACGAGUGAGUCACAGCCUCAACAAUAGUGUCAACCCCAACACAGACUCCACCCUGGCUGGCCACAGCGACAGCAACAGUAAUCUCAGCAACAAAAGCUGUCUCCCAGACGCACCAGACAAACCAGAGAGUAUAUCGAAACGGCCACGUCAUGAAGAUGGGUCUGCGGUGGAUCAACAUACAGGUGUGUUACAGACUGCCCCGUGUGCUAGUGGCAACCAGCCAGCAAAUAAAACACCAAGAACUAACGAUAGCCCACCUAAAAGUCAGGCUAAACAAACUUCUCAUAACGAAAGUGAUGGCCGGAUAAAAAAUAAUAAUUGUGAAGACGAUGGAUCGGGAUGUGGCAGGAAGGUUGUGAAAGCGGGUUUCCCGGACGACGAUGAGUUUGGCUGUCCUAAUAUCUCCGUUUCACCGCACACCUGUGAUGAUGAUGACUCAUCGCAAGUUCAUUUUUACACAGACAAUGCCAACCCAAGGGAGAUAAUUUCACACCGACACCCCGCCUCCAUAUAUGGUCGAUUCAAUGACUCUGAAAUCAAAACGAUCAUCAAACCAACGAAAACUGCCGCACCCGACUGCCCCAACGUGUCUCUCUCGCCACUACUAGAGCACCGUCUUCCCAGCGUCUCUAGUGUCAGCUCGGGUCGGAAUAGCAGUUUCGACGACACUGACGGCACCCCUCUUUUCAUUGCCGAGGUUCUCGUUGUUAGCCAUGGUGGACUUCUCAAGGAGCUGAUUCGACACAUGAUUGAGGACUUCAAAUGCAGGAUGCCGGGCGGCAAGGGCCAUGCACUGCGUGUCGGUCCCAACGCAAGUCUGUCGAAGUUUACCAUAACUGUUGACGAAGUCUCCGAUAAACCCAUCAUAACCUGUCUGCGGCUUCACGAUAAAGACCACUUACUGUCAAUGGAUAUUCCAGAUGCACAAGGAACGUUAUAGUGGCACCUAUCCUGCCGUGAAACAUGCAUUUCGAAAGUAGUUGUUCAUCCUUAGAAAAGAUUCCUUUGUUAUAAUUAAGGGGGUAUUGUAUCACGUAGUAGAUUGCUAGUUACAUGAAGCGACUUAAAAAACACACCGGUAUACACAAGAUGUUAUUAUUCAUGAGUAACCUGUGUUUUCAAAUAGAAUUUUAGUGGGAAAUCUUGGGUUAAUUAAUUAAAUAUUAAUUAAUUAGUAACAGUUGGACGUGUUGAUAGCAAGACAUUUUGUGCCUAAAUACAUUUGGGGUUAGGGGAGGGUAGUGAUAUUAGUCACAUGGUAUUAAUUUUUAUUAGUCUUAAUUUCAAGCUUGCUGCGUUAAUUACAGUCUGUUCUGUCCUCUUUAAUUAGUCAAUGGAGCUUUCCAACACAGGUUACGAAGAUUCCCAAUAAUGGUCAAACAUUGGGCAGAAGGGUUAUAUCGGUUAUAAUUAACACAGGUUUUCUUAGUUUUCAGUUUACCCAGCUUCACUUUAUUAGCAAUUAGCUGCAACAAGAGAUACAUCUUCAGAGUUAUGUAUAGUUGUAUGAUGUUUUGAGCAUAAUUACCAUUGGCUGGUAUUCUAAUUUAAUAAUUAUUCUGUCCUCCAAGGUCCUAUAACCUUUUUUGCCUCCGAUUUCAGUGCUAAAAGUUGUUUAAAUGUAAAACUGACUGCAGGCAAUUUGUUAUGGAUUUCAAUCAGUAAUUGUGUACGUGUAUGUUAUGGUAAUUAAUGGAAAUACAAAUAACCUACGUCUUCCGAGUUUGUAAUACAUCUCUUUGCAUUACGAGGGAUUUUGUUUGAAACCAGAUUGGUGGAACCCACAUUGUUUUUGUUCCAGAACUUGUAGUUUUUGUAAUGUGGGUUUGUGGUCCCUUACACUCUUGGAUGUUUUGAAAGUAGUACUGUAGCAAUAUAUUAUAUAUAAAUAUAUAUAUAUAUAUAUAUAUAUAUAUAUAUAUAUAUAUAUAUAUAUAUAUAUAUAGUAGUGGUGUAUUAGAUUUUUGUCAUCUAUUUUGAAAGUUUGAUGAGUACAUUUAUGAGUUCAUUUGUAUUUUGAAAAUAUGAUCCUACUACUGUUAAAAACAUAAAGUUGUGUAAACUUGGUUCCCGACUAUAUUGAAAUGCAUUAAGCCAACUUGUUAUAGAUGUUGCUUGAGUUUUCUCUUUGACCAUGCUCAGAUUCCUAGCAGACUUUAAAUAACUAGAAACACGUUUUUCAAACAUCGUUGUUUUUUUCUUCAAUCUAAUAUCAGGCCUCUAAGAAUUGAACAUUUUCAGCCAAUUUUUGGGUUAUGCAAAAAUAAAUCGAUUUAACUUCUUUCCUUUUGGCAUAAGCCAUUAUGUCUAGGUAAAUGGAGCCCUAAAUUUGGCACAUUAUGGCUAGGUAAAUGGAGCUCUAAAUUUGGCACAUUAUAUCUAGGUAAAUGGAGUCCUAAAUUUGGCAUAACCCAUUA